AGCAGGUAGGAAAAAACUAAAUGCAAAUAAUUAAAUUGUCUUCUAUUUUUUUUUAGUGUUUUUGUAAUCUAUAAAAAUUUUAAUCUAGAUGAUCAUUGAUUGUUAACAUUAGUUUUCAUAAAUAUGUAAAUUUUUGUUGAAAAAGAUUACUAUGAUUUAUUUUAAUUAUUGUACCAUUUAUAAAAAUAGACAUCAAAUAAAAUUUUAUUAUUAUUUUAUUUUUAUAAAUCUAAAAAUUUUAAUUUAUGAUUUGGUAAUUUAAUUAUUUUAGCUGAUCCUGAAUCUGUUAUAUCUCAACGUAACAAUGGCCAGUUAACUGUAUCAGUUUCACCAAUGGAUGAAAUGACAAGGAACCGUUCUGAAUUUUGCCAUCUUCGACCUAAGAGAUCUACAAAUCCAAGUCCUGCUUCACCUGUUACAGGAAACAGUUCUCCUGAAAACAAUAAUGAUGGUUUAUCACCUGGAAAUAGUGGGAGAAGAAUACAAAGAGAAGGAGGAGUGUCAGAAGAAUCUGAUAGAAUACAACAAUUACCUAAUGGUAACCCACUUUCAAGUGCUAGUGGUAGUUCAGCUUCAACUAGUAGGGGAAGAAACAAUAAUCAUAAAAAUUCUGGAACAGUAAAUACAGAAGAAGAACCACUCCCACCUGGGUAAAUUUUAUAUAUUUUUU